AGCGAUGAAAAGAGGAGUCGUGAUAGAAGACGACUGGCCAGGAUACAGUCUGGACCUGUUCACCUACCCUGAACACUACCAUGAAGACAUAGACAGUGUUUACAUACCAAAUGGGGUCAUCAUGAACAGGGUGGAGCGUCUGGCCCACUACGUCAUGGAUGACUUCGGGGACAGCAUGGUGGUGCUGUGCGUCUUGAAGGGAGGCUACAAGUUCUGCGUAGACCUGGUGGAGUUCAUCAAGGUUCUCGGCCGCAACUCUGACAAGUACCUGGAGACCCGGGUGGAGUUCAUCCGUCUGAAGAGCUACCUAAACGACCAAUCAACAGAGGAGCUGCACAUCAUAGGAAGCCGAGAUCUGUCUUUCCUGCGUGGAAAGAGUGUGCUCAUUGUUGAGGCCAUAGUUGACACAGGAAAGACCAUGAAGGCCCUUCUGAAGCAUGUGGAAACCUUUGAACCCAAGAUGGUCAAGGUCGCAGGUCUGUUGGUGAAGAGGGUCCCUAACAUGGCUGAAAAUCUGACAGACUACAUCGGAUUUGAAAUCCCUAACCACUUUGUUGUCGGUUAUGCCCUGGACUACAAUGAAUACUUCCGCGACCUGAAUCAUAUCUGUGUCAUCAGCAAGACUGGGAAGAUGAAGUACAAGGUUUGAGAAUGAUGCAAGCGGGAACAAAGACAUGGAUGAAUAAAAGAGAGAAACGUUGGUCACCAGGAGAGGACUGUUGGUGACAGAUGGAGGGAGCUUAUGGACGUUGGCAUCCCUGUGCCCGGAUGAUGCCCACUCUGACUCAUGGAAAACACACAGUGGGCGCAGCAGGCCGGCAGUGCGACCGACCGAACAGCGUCUCCUCACCACACUGUAUCUGUUUGUUCCCAACUUUAAUCAGCGUUUACUGGAAAUCAUAACCAAAUACAUGAGAAUCUGGCAAAACUGACAUGUCUGUUGAUUAUGAUCUACACUCACAUGCAACCUCACAGACGUUCAACGAGCAGUCAGCCAUUAAAACAAAAUCUUUGGGUAAAUUGUAUAUUUCAUUUAUUCUAAUUACAAUGACCCACCCACCGCAAGUCGCUACUGCUCCAGUGAGUACAAACACAAUGGAAACAAAACUUUUUGAAUGCCAAAUGUAUUUUAAAAAUCAUUAGUUCUUUCAU